AUGAGCAGGGUUUUGUUGCAGGGUAUCACGUUGACGAACGCCAAGGGCGAGUCCGUUCAAGGAGAGACGCUGGGCCAGGAUGGCAAGGUGCUGGCGCUCUACUUUGCAGCAGACUGGUGCCCGGAUUGCCGCGCGUUCCAGCCGGCGCUCAACAGCUUCUACAAGGCUGCGCGUGACAGUCUGGACGUGGUUUUCGUGGGAUCGGAUGCUUCAGCGAAGGAUCAACUCGCUCACUUCACGGACAAGCAGGGUCCCUGGUGGAUGGUACCUUUCGAAGGCGAGACACGCACACAGCUCAAGCGUAAGUUUGGCGUAUGCGCCGGCGCUGAGGUGGGGGAACUAAGCCCCAUCACUCGUAAGGGUGGCAUCCCGACGCUUGUGGUCAUCCGACCCGAUGGAGAGAUCGUGGACUUCCACGCUGCUGACAAGGUCGAGUGCGAUGGUAUCAAGGCUCUUACCGCCUGGCAGCAGUAAACGAAUCAGCAAGAUACAGUACACAAGUGAUUUCAAACGUAGCUACGGUAAUAAGCUUGUUUGAAUCUAUGGACAUGCAUCGCAA